ACAUGCUCAAAGUGAAAUUCUUUUUUAUAAAGAAAACAUGAAGCUCUAUAAUGGGAUUUGUCUUCCAUACUCGUUAAUCCUCUUUGCUUCAUGCAUUUUGCUGGCUCUUCAUGCUAGUUCAACAUCAAUGGAGAAGUCCACUUACAUCGUCCACAUGGACAAAUCUCACAUGCCCAAGGCCUUCACUAGCCAUCACAGUUGGUACUCAUCAAUCGUUGAUUGCCUCCAUUCUGAAAAACCAACGACCUCCUCCUUUGUGUACACUUACAAUCACGUUCUUCACGGUUUUAGCGCUUCUCUAUCUCAUCAAGAACUAGACAACUUGAGGGAAUCCCCAGGCUUUGUUUCAGCUUAUCGAGAUAGGAAUGCUACACUUGAUACCACCCACACGCCUGAGUUCCUAUCACUUAAUCCCACCGGCGGCUUAUGGCCAGCUUCUAACUACGGUGAAGAUGUCAUCAUCGGUGUCAUCGACUCUGGAGUUUGGCCGGAGAGUGACAGUUUUAAGGACGACGGUAUGACCGCCCAAGUCCCAGCAAGGUGGAAGGGAAUUUGCCAAGUAGGAGAAGGGUUCAAUUCCUCCAUGUGCAACUCGAAGCUCAUAGGAGCUAGAUACUUCAACAACGGCAUCAUGGCUGCAAUCCCGAACGCUACAUUUAGCAUGAAUUCUGCAAGGGACACUCUGGGGCACGGCACCCACACCGCCUCCACAGCUGCAGGGAACUAUGUGAACGGCGCGUCUUAUUUUGGCUACGGUAAAGGGACAGCUAGAGGCAUUGCACCUCGAGCCAGGGUCGCCGUAUACAAGGUGACUUGGCCUGAAGGACGUUAUACUUCUGAUGUUCUUGCUGGUAUCGACCAAGCCAUAGCUGAUGGUGUUGAUGUGAUUUCCAUCUCCCUGGGAUAUGAUGGAGUGCCGUUGUAUGAAGAUCCAAUAGCAAUAGCUUCUUUUGCUGCAAUGGAGAAGGGUGUGGUAGUUUCAACUUCAGCAGGAAAUGCAGGCCCAUUCUUUGGCAACAUGCACAAUGGUAUUCCAUGGGUCUUGACCGUGGCGGCAGGCAACAUUGAUCGGUCAUUUGCUGGAACUUUGACUCUUGGAAAUGAUCAAACCAUUACUGGUUGGACCAUGUUCCCCGCAAGUGCUAUUAUCGAAAGCUCCCAGUUGGUAUACAACAAGACCAUAUCAGCAUGCAAUUCAACUGAAUUGUUAUCUGAUGCCGUAUAUAGCGUCGUCAUCUGUGAAGCAAUCACGCCUAUCUAUGCUCAAAUAGAUGCCAUCACUAGAUCAAACGUGGCCGGCGCUAUACUUAUCUCCAAUCACACCAAAUUAUUUGAGCUAGGAGGAGUUUCAUGUCCUUGUCUUGUUAUUAGCCCCAAGGAUGCAGCAGCCUUGAUCAAAUACGCAAAAACUGACGAGUUCCCUUUGGCCGGCCUAAAGUUCCAAGAGACCAUUACGGGCACAAAGCCUGCACCGGCCGUGGCUUACUACAGUUCUAGAGGUCCUUCGCCAAGCUAUCCAGGCAUCUUAAAGCCGGAUGUAAUGGCACCUGGGUCACUAGUCUUAGCUUCCUGGAUUCCAAACGAAGCAACCGCCCAAAUAGGAACCAAUGUAUACUUGUCCAGUCAUUACAAUAUGGUUUCUGGGACAUCCAUGGCCUGCCCUCAUGCUUCUGGCGUGGCUGCACUUUUGAAAGCUGCGUACCCUGAAUGGAGCCCAGCUGCGAUUAGAUCUGCCAUGAUGACCACAGCCAACCCAUUAGAUAAUACUCUAAACCCAAUUCAUGAAAAUGGCAAAAAGUUUCAUCUUGCUUCACCUCUAGCCAUGGGAGCAGGACAUAUUGAUCCUAACCGUGCACUUGACCCUGGUCUGGUUUAUGAUGCAACCCCACAAGACUAUAUCAAUCUGCUCUGCUCCAUGAAUUACAACAAGGCACAAAUCUUAGCCAUAGUCAGAUCAGACUCCUAUAAUUGCUCGAACAACCCAUCUUCUGAUCUUAAUUAUCCAUCAUUUAUUGCUUUCCAUAACAGCACAUAUAGGCGAUCUGUUAAUACAUUCCAGAGGACUGUAACCAACGUGGGUGAUGGCGCAGCUACAUACAAAGCCACAGUCACAGCACCAAAAGACUCUAGAGUCAUAGUCUCACCUCAGACAUUGGCCUUCGGAAGUAAGUAUGAGAAGCAGAGCUACAAUUUGACGAUCAUAAAUUUUACGAGGGACACGAAAAAAAAGGAUAUUUCAUUUGGUGCACUUGUUUGGGCUAAUGAAAAUGGAAAACACAUGGUUAGGAGCCCUAUCGUAGUGUCACCAUUAAGGAUUAAUGAUUAAUUAAGCUAGCCUUGUAUUUUGACUUCAAAUUGCACACUACUCUAGACGCAUAUAUGUCUAUAAAAUAAGAUUUAAGAAAUGUAUAAUCUCAAGUUUGGUGCAAUUUGGCAUGUAUAUGCUUAAAAUAUACCAUAUACAUGAUAUAUAUAAUUUUCCUCAUUUUCUGGAAA